AUGGCCCCGCACUCGGAGCCCGCGGGCCCCGCGGGGGCCUCGCCGAGACUCUUCACGUGGGACGAGGUGGCGCAGCGCUGCGGGCGACAGGAGCGCUGGCUCGUGAUAGACCGCAAGGUCUACGACAUCAGCGAGUUCAGCCGGAGGCACCCGGGCGGCUCGCGGGUCAUCAGCCACUACGCCGGCCAGGAUGCCACGGACCCCUUCACGGCAUUCCACAUCGACAAAGCCUUGGUUCGGAAGUACAUGAAUUCUCUGCUGAUCGGGGAGCUGGCUCCGGACCAGCCCAGCUUUGAGCCCAACAAGAAUAAACAGCUGACGGAUGAAUUCCGAGAGCUGAGGGCCACUGUGGAGCAGAUGGGGCUCAUGAAGGCCAACCCCGUCUUCUUCACGCUCUGCCUGCUGCACAUCCUGCUCUUGGACGUAGCCGCGUGGCUCACGCUCUGGGUCUUUGGGACAUCGCUGGUCCCCUUCCUCAUCAGCGCGGUGCUGCUCAGCACUGUCCAGGCUCAGGCGGGAUGGCUGCAGCACGACUUUGGACAUCUCUCGGUCUGCCGCACGUCCACGUGGAACCACCUGCUGCACCACUUUGUGAUUGGCCAUCUGAAGGGGGCCCCUGCCAGCUGGUGGAAUCACCUGCACUUCCAGCACCAUGCCAAGCCCAACUGCUUCCGGAAGGACCCAGACAUCAACAUGCACCCCCUCUUUUUUGCCCUGGGGAAGGUUCUGUCGGUGGAGCUCGGGAAGCAGAAGAAGAGAUACAUGCCCUAUAACCACCAGCACAAGUACUUCUUCCUGAUUGGGCCCCCGGCCUUGCUGCCCGUCUACUUCCAGUGGUACAUAUUCUAUUUCGUGGUCCAGCGCAAGAAAUGGGUGGACCUGGCCUGGAUGUUCACCUUCUAUCUGAGAAUCUCCUUCACUUACAUACCCCUGCUGGGCUUUAAAGGCUUCCUGCUUCUCUUCUUUAUUGUCAGGUUCCUGGAGAGCAACUGGUUCGUGUGGGUGACCCAGAUGAACCACAUUCCCAUGCACAUUGACCACGACCGGAACGUGGACUGGGUCUCCACUCAGCUGCAGGCAACAUGUAACGUGCACGAGUCUUUCUUCAACGACUGGUUCAGCGGACACCUCAACUUCCAGAUUGAGCACCAUCUUUUCCCCACUAUGCCGAGACACAAUUACCACAAGGUGGCACCCCUGGUGAGAUCCUUGUGCGCCAAACACGGCAUCGAGUACCAGUCCAAGCCUCUGCUCUCCGCCUUUGCCGACAUUGUCCACUCGCUGAAGGAGUCUGGGCAGCUCUGGCUGGACGCCUACCUUCAAAAAUAAAGCAGUGAUCUCUGGAGCAGGAGGAGCAGGAGGAGAAGCUCUAGGUGCUGGAAGCCGGGGAAUGAUAAGGGACUACGCCACUUCAAUUUGAAUUUCCAGUGGGGGUUGGGAAGAUGGGGAAGGGGAUGGUUAAGAGCUCUGUGCCUCGUGGCACGACAAUGGGGAGAAACCAUUAGGUGGGUAGGGACUGCUGGAUCCUUUCCUUCCGGGUUGGCAGGCACUAAACCGAGUAACAAGAAACAUGAACUUUUGGAACUCAGAAAGUCAAGAUUUAGCAAAAUACUUAACCACUUGAGGCCCCACGCCUAAAUCAUACCCCAAAGGCAGAGGAGGGAGAUGCCAAGCCUGGUCCUUCUCUUUCAGUAAGCUGGCCAUUGUUUCCCCGGGGCCCUGUUGGAGCCAAGCUCCUAGGCCCUGCCCUCCUCCCCUCACCCAUCUCAUCCCACAGUGACUGGCACACUAGCAAGACAGACUGGCAGUCUGAGCCCUUGGAGAUGAAGAUUGAAGAGGAAAACUCAGGAAUUCUCCUUUCAAAUUUAGAAUUCUUCAGCUUUCUUUAGCUUGACCUUACCUGUUGCUCAGGGGUGUGCUCCAAGGCAUGGGCCCAGAAUAGAUGGGCAGCCUCCAGGAGGGGCCGCAUCUCUGGGGAGGGUUUGGGAAAUAGGAGACACUUCCAGCCCAGUCUUGUCUGCCUCCUUCGCCGUCCAGGGCGUGCAAAGAGAAUUGGGUUCUAGCUGUGGUCAAUAUAUCCAUUUCACAUUUGAUACACUAUGCUGUGUGUGGUUCAUUAGAAACCCAUUCCAUGUGUUGAAAACCCCUCAUUUUCCCUCCAUACCUUUUUCUAUCUUCACCUACAGAAAAGAACUCCGGGAGAGGCAUAGCCAGGAGUUCUUCUAGUCCUCCAUGGUGUUCCAUGGGAAACUGAAGACAUGGGAAGGCAGGCCUUUCCUUCCUCCCCCUUUGGUCAACAGAUGGGGCUCCCAAGUUUCCCCUUAUCUCCCCACCUACAAAUUCGAAGUAAUGUAACUGCAGCCAGCCAGGAUGGAGGACAGAAAGGCAUCUGCCAAGCUCUCACAGGGGAAACAUUAAAGGGACUCACUCAUUGGUAGUUGGGUCCUGCUGUAAACCUCAGUUACCUUAGGCUUUGUUGAACAUAGGAUUAAUGCACUGUUCUCAGCCAGAGGGAGGAUGAUGAAAGCCACAGGAGAUAUGCUCAUCCCAUCUUGUUGUGCAAGAUGCAAAAAAAACCCUUCGGAGGUGCCUCCUGGCUAGGCGUGGUGGCCAUUUGGGGAGCUGAGCUGGCCCUCUCAUCUUCUCUCCACUCAGGUCCAGAACAGUUUGAGGCCCUUGACCCCUCCUCCCAACCCCUUUUGGUCAUCUGGUAGAUUGUGGGGAGGGGCUCUGAAAUGCGGCUGUGCCUACAGAGCUGGUUCCCUUCAGAGGGAGAACAGUAAGUGGGAUGAGGAGAGCCUAAAACCAUCUUGGAGGGAGUGGAGCCAGGGCAUAGCUUGGAUAAUUAGGGAGAUGUGGAGUAGACCAUCUGGCUUACAAGAUGUUAUUGUGAUAGGGACAUAGUAAGUGCCUAAUAAGUGCUUGCUGACCGACUGACUGGACUAUGGGAGAGUAGAUUUGAGGUCACAUGACAACUUGAAUGUAAGGUGUAGGGUCAGAGGGCAAUGCAUGUUUUUCAAGUCGGAUAUCCUUGAAUUGGCCCUGCCAGAGAACUCUGAGGUCUGGUCUUGUUCCAGUCUGCAGCUGCCCCCCUCCCCGAUUCCCCGGCUUUCUCGUUCCAGGACCCAGGUGCUAAUCGGUCAGCUCUCUCCACCAUCCUUUGCCUCCUUGGUUUCGGUGCUACCAUUCUAGCUGGAGAAGCGGGACAUGACUCAGCUUGGGGACCCCUGAAUCUGUGGGGCAUCUCGUGCAGCCCUGCCUAGAAUACUUUUAAACACUGUGGCCUUCCCUCUUCUCAGCCUGGCCCUGUGGUCACUAGACAGUGGCCAGAGGAAUGAGCCGUAGCAAAGAUCUCCACCACUUUGCUGCUGAGUCCCCCUUGGUCUCAUCUCCCCAGACCCCAUGAGGUGGCAGUGUCUGUGCCAAUUACGUUGCGGUAAAAAAUCAAGGGUGGAACUCGUGCUGAUGAAUAAAACUAGCGAAUUUUGAGUUCAA